AUGGCACCCAAGAAGGGCGGUCGAACCGAGCCACCAGGCACCUCCGGCGGUGUCACUGGCAAGGAGAUCUUCUGGAGCAGUCUGAACGAUGAGGAUCGCAAGCUUGCCACGGCCUUUGAUUGCGCCACGCCGGACCAGCUUCAGCAAGCGAAGAGCAAGAAGAAGGCACAAGAAGCCAAGGCGCAAGAACAGCAGCGUCAGACUUUGAGACAGAAUGAGCGAAAUCGGCAGUGGGAGAAGGACGAGCAGAAGAAGCAGAGAGAAAAAGCCCGGGAGGAGAGCAAGCAGGCUGCCGAGCUCGAAAAAGUGAAAAAGCGCGCCUUCGCUGAGAAGGUCGUUGAGGCAUACUGGGAUGGGGAGAAGAGCUGGGCCGAGAUUGGGCCUGGAACGUGGAAGGAGGUGCAGGGCGAGUUCUUCUGCACGCUCUGUGAGAAAUCCCCCAACGGCAACAACCUGGAGUCCCACCUCAACAGCGAAAAUCACAAGAAGAAGCUGGCUUGGGCCACUGGGGUCGGCUACGCUGCUUCCGUGCCGGCAACCCCCAUGGCCACCGCCAUGCCAGCUACGUGUGUGCCGGUUCCAGUCCUGCCGCAGGACCUGCCGAGCUGGCAACAGCUUGGACCUGACGGAAUGCUCCGCUGCAUUCCCUGCGGAAAGGUGGUAGAUGACAACCACUUGAUGACAGGAGACCACAGCCGUCGACUGCAGGCCUUCCUGGAGCAGGAGAAGCUGAAGACAUCUGGUUUCGCUCCGCCCCAGCUCGAGUACCUGGCCUACGUUCCAUGGGACGAAAACGACCCGAGCAGUGAGCGCUGCAUGAAGUGCUUACUUUGCGGCAAGUGGGCGCAGGAUGAGACCAGCCACACGGGCACUCCGAACCAGCCACAAGGCUCCAAGGAGCACCAGAAAAACCUCCGCAACUACGAGUGGCACCGCAAGAACGUCCUCGAGCAGCGCCAGAAGUAUCAUCCGUCAGGCCCCACCAGAUCGACGGCGGCCCCCAAGGCAGUUGCAAAGGCGCCGGCUCCUCCGACUCCGGCCCCCUGGCAGGCAUCGGCAAAGGCGAUGGCACAGCCAGCUUUGCCAGCCCCGGCAACUCCUGCACCGUGGCAG